GACUGGUUUUUAUAUACUGUACUUUUUAAAAAGUGAAGGACCAGUGAGUUCAUUUAUUUUUCAUACUGACACCAGUUUGUCAGUUUCUGAGAAUCCCAAUUUGUAUGUGUUAAGUAGACUUACUGUCUUUAAAAUUUUUAGCAUUUAUAAACAUUUAAAAAAUAAAAAGCACUGUAUUUUUUCAUUCUUGAAUUCAUAUUUGUGAUUAAUGUUUCACUUUUGAGGCAUGGGCUUUUAUUUAGUUUAUUUGGAAAAUGGUAUCUGGGUGGUAUAUUUUGAAUCCUUGAAUAUUUUAGUAUAUCUUCCUUUUGUCCUUCUAUAUUAACAUCAUAUGGCUAUAUGUGGAAAUCUUGAUUUACCACCCUUCACAAGUUGUUUUUAACUUCUCUCACUUUUGCUUAGGCGGUAAAGCAGCAGUAGGCCUGUGUUAAAAAACCACUACUUUGUAACUACAGGACCUUGUAAUAGUUACUUAAUCUUGCUGAAUUUUAGAUUCCUCUUUCCUUUAGUGUUGAUAAUAAUACCUUACCGGAUUGUUGUGAUGAUAAAUGAGAUAACGUAGCCUAUUUCACAUAACUGCCCCUAACUGCUAGAUAAUAUUUAGCUGCUGCGAUGAUUAUAAUUUUAUGAUGAUGACAGUUUAGUUUUCUUCAUUUUAUUGUAAUCUCCUUAAAAGUAUCUAUUUCUUUUAUUCUUAAUAUUUAUUGAACAUUUUAAAUUUAACUUUACAAUUAAGAAUAUGUCAUCAAAGAAAUAAAAUGAAUUUGUUACAUAACCAACUUAUGAUCUAUUCUACUAAAAUAAUUAUUUUUAGACAGAAAACAUGCAUUUAUCCCUUCAACUUUCUAAAACUGCAUAAUAAUAAAAAACCAAGAAAUUUAUGACCUUACAGUGAUGAAACUGAAGAGCCAUCAGCAAAUGAGAAAUUUCAACAAAAACCUGGAUGGCAACAGUGAUAGUGAUAAGAAUGGCAAAAACCUGGAUGGCAACAGGAAUAGUGAUAAGAGCCAUUUAGGGCUAAAGAUGUUACAUCCCAGAGUACAGCUGAGUAAUACAGACAAGAAAGGAACUGAUGAGCCCUGUGAACUUUGGAGAAGCUCAAAUCCAUACAUCAUUUGGGGCAGAAGGCCAGCCAUUAAAGACCACCCUAAAAUAUUUCUAGAGAGGAAAGAAAAAGUUGCCUACAAAGGAAUUACAGUUUAUUUUUUUUUUUUUUUAAAAUCAGUCUUGGCAACAGUAAAAGCUUAUAAAACAGUGAAACAGUUUUAAGGAAAAAUAUUUUCACUCUAGAAUUCUACACUCAGCCACUUGUGAGGGACAGAAAGACUUCAGGUAUACAGUGAUUCAAAUGAUUCUUGGGUAUCUUUCCUAGUAACUAUCUUUGGAGAUUCUCCUUUGAAGAAAACCUCACCUGUUUCUCACCUUCGCUUUUUUCAGUGGCUAAAUAGUGUAAUGUUCACAGGCUUGAUUGAACUCACGUUGUUAUGUGCCUCCCAAUUAAUGGAGUAAAUCACAAAAGAGGAAGAGUCGUGUGAUUUUGAAAAUGGAGCACUAAAGAGUAGCAGGCCCUGACUGGAGCAGGAAGAUAGACUUUCCAAAAUAAAAGGGGUGGGCAAAGGAAUGAGACACCUGAUAAAACAAAUUACAUAAAGCCUUUUAAAUAAAUCAAGAAUCUGAGGACAGUAAACUUAUCAAGUGAAAAUUAAACAGAUUGCUUCCUGGAAAGCUAAUCUUCAACCAGAUGGCAGUAACAUUUGAAGAUGUGACUGUUAUUUUUACUUGGGAGGAGUGGAAAUUCUUGGAUUCUUCUCAGAAAAAGCUCUACAGAGAGGUCAUGUGGGAGAAUUACACAAAUGUCAUGUUAGUAGGAAAUUGGAAAGAGAGCUGCAAACCCCAGGAAGAAAGAUUCAGAUAUUUAGACCAUGAAAAUCUUUCCUGCUGGCAAGGCUGGAAGACUGCCAGCACUCCGAUGUAUGAGAAUAAAAACUAUGUGGAAAUGGUUCAAGGUAUAGAUUCCAAAGACCUAAAGCAGCAACACCUUUCUCACUAUCAAGAAUGGUCAACACUCGCCACACAAGUAGCAGCGUACGGGAACUAUGAACUGACUUUUGAAAGCAAAAGUCCCAGGAACUUAAAAUAUACCAAGUGUAUACCUUGUCAGUCCUUAGAAAGGAAACACUCUGAAGAUGAUGGUAGAAAAAUCUAUGUGAGUGAUUCAUGUGGUUUUCAAGGACUCAGAUACCCUGUGGGCAUAUCCAGGAAAAAUCUCUCUCUGGAAAAAGAACAGAAGCUCAUGCGUCAGCAUUCUAUCCCAGGACAGGAAGCCUUUCCAGAGUACAUUGGGGAGAUAUGCCAAAAUGACCUGCAGAAAGGCUCUAUGGAAGAGAAAUACUGUGGAUGUAAAAAAUGUAAAGAAAUUUAUUACUGGAACUCACAGUGUGUUCUCCACAAGAGAAAUCAACUUGGAGAAAAGUUCUAUCCAUGCUCCAUCAGCCCCACAUGCUUCCCUCAGAGAUCAGACCUAUACAGACAUCCAAGAAUCCACACAGGUAAGCAGCUGUACAGAUGUGACGAAGUUGCCAGUAACCUUAGUCAGAGCUUUGGUGUUCACUUUCAUCAGAGAGCCCACCCAGGGGAGGUACCUUAUAUAUGUAACCUGUGUAGUAAUAGCUUCAGUCAGAUCCCCAGGCUUCACCAUCAUCAAAGAGUCCACCUGGAAGAGAAACGCUAUAAGUUGCAGUGUGAUAAGGACCUCGGUCGAAAUUCAUUGCUUCACAUUCACCAGAGACUUCACAUAGGAGAGAAGCCUUUUAAGUGUGAUCAGUGUGGUAAGAGUUUUAGUCGGAGUUCAGUACUUCAUGUACAUCAGAGAGUCCACACCGGAGAGAAACCAUAUAAGUGUGAUGAGUGUGGUAAAGGCUUCAGUCAGAGCUCAAAUCUUCGAAUUCAUCAGUUAGUCCACACAGGAGAAAAGUCCUAUAAAUGUGGUGACUGUGGUAAGGGCUUUACCCAGCGGUCAAAUCUUCAGAUCCAUCAGCGAGUGCAUACAGGAGAGAAGCCAUACAAAUGUGACAACUGCGGGAAGGACUUUAGUCACAGCUCAGAUCUGCGCAUUCAUCAGAGGGUCCAUACGGGGGAGAAACCCUAUAUUUGUCAUGAAUGUGGGAAGGGCUUCAGCAAGAGUUCAAAACUUCACACUCAUCAAAGAGUGCAUACUGGAGAGAAACCCUAUAAAUGUGAACAGUGUGGUAAAGGGUUCAGUCAGCGUUCACAUCUUCUCAUUCAUCAGAGAGUCCAUACUGGAGAAAAACCCUAUAAAUGUGAUGACUGUGGAAAGGGCUUUAGUCACAGCUCAAAUCUUCAUAUUCACCAGAGGAUCCACACAGGAGAGAAGCCUUAUCAGUGUGCUAAGUGUGGUAAGGGUUUCAGCCACAGCUCAGCUCUUCGAAUUCAUCAGAGAGUCCACACAGGAGAGAAAACUUAUAAAUGCCAUGAGUAUUACAAGGGGUUCAAUCAGAAUUCACAUCUUUACAAUAACUGCAGAAGAGAAACCUUGUAAUUCUGUUCAUUUUGUUGUAACAGCUUUAAUCAAAGCUUCUCUUUAAGCCUAGUAAAUGCUGCUGGAAAAAAGUGCUAUAAAUAACCCAAAUAAUCCCAAGCAUCAUUUAAAAUUUCCUCUAAUUCCUACUAAGAAUCAUUUGCUUUAAGAAGAGAUGCUUAGGACAGUAUUUUAAAGUUUUUUCUUUUUCUGCUGCUGCUGCUAAGCUGCUACUGCUAAGUCACUUCAGUUAUGUCCGACUCUGUGUGACCCCAUAGACGGCAGCCCACCAGGCUCCCCUGUCCCU